AUGUCACCGCAGGCCGAGCAGAGCACAAAAGAGCCAGCAGCACCAGCACCAGAGGAUCUCCACAGCGGCACAGAGGCUGAAUCUACAGCAAAGCCCGAAACACGAGAUAGUAGUGGCUCGGAAGACGAGUGCACCGGCGAUUCAGACUCGGACUCGGACUCGGACUCGGACUUUGAUGAGCUGGUCUUUGUUGACGAGGACAGCUACGUGCCUCUUGAUGACGAAUGCGACGAUGCUGAUGAGCCAGACUCGGCAGACUCGGCAGGCUUGGACAUCAGCAUUGAGCGCGAGAUCGAUGCGCGGAUGCACCAGGAGCUGUUUUCUGACCUCGACACCAGCGGUGCAGUAGACGAGCGGGCGGGCCCGGCGUCUGCAGCAGGCCAGCAGCUGCCGCAGAUGGCCCGGCAGAUCCGGCCGCUGGAGGUGGAUGUCGCACGCAGCACACGCAUGGCGGCAGACCACAUUGACCAGAUCAAGAGUAUCAUGGCCGGAAUCCACAUUAGUAAUCAUGGCAUCCCCGAGUGGGCCAAGAUUGUGCCUGAGGGCGCGUGGAUGCCCAGGCGCAAGCCCAGCGACGACGGUGCUGGCGGCAGCGAGAAGGCCGGGUAG